GCAUUGACCUUAGCAAAUGGUUGUAUAAAUAGUCAGCACAAACAGGGUGAGUAGAUGAAAACAUCAAAAAGAUGAAGGAACAAGUUUUAAGGUUUGUGUUCUUACUGAUAUGUGUCGGUGGAGUGAUUGCAACUCCUCCAGAAGAUCCGAUCCGGUGUGCUUCAAAAAACACAAACUGCACCAUCACCAACACCUAUGGCAUCUUCCCCGACAGAACCACUUGCCGCGCGGCCGAGGUUGUCUACCCCACCUCGGAGGAGGAGCUGGUAUCCGCGGUGGCCUCAGCUUCUAAAAACAAAAGAAAAGUGAAAGCCGCAACGCGCUUUUCCCACAGCAUAACCAAGCUGGCUUGUCCUGAUGGCGAAAACGGGUUGCUGAUAAGCACUAAGAAUCUGAACAAGAUACUGAACGUCGACCCGAAGGGAAGGACAAUGACAGUGCAGAGUGGCGUGUCGUUGAGACAGAUCAUCACGGCGGCCGGAGAGAAUGGUUUGGCCUUGCCUUAUGCGCCGUACUGGUGGGGUUUAACCAUUGGUGGAAUGAUGGGAACAGGUGCUCAUGGAAGCACGUUGUGGGGCAAAGGAAGCGCCGUUCAUGAGUAUGUGGUAGAGUUGAGAAUCGUUACUCCUGCUGGACGUGAAGAUGGCUAUGCUAAGGUUCGAACCCUUAACCAAUCUCACCCCUCUCUCGAUGCAGCCAGAGUUUCCCUCGGGGUUCUUGGAGUUCUUUCUCAGGUUACCCUAAAAUUGGAGCCUCUCUUCAAGCGAUCCGUUACAUAUAUCACCAAAGAUGAUACAGAUUUAGGAGAUGAACUUGUUACUUUUGGAAGAAAACAUGAGUUUGGUGAUGUAAUAUGGUACCCAAGUCAGAAAAAGGCUGUCUAUAGAAUUGAUGACCGUGUAUCUGUUAAUGAAUCUGGAAAUGGCUUAUACAAUUUCUUUCCAUUUCGUUCCACAGCCUCAGCAGCAUUAGCUGUUGUUAGAUCAACAGAGGAACUUCAAGAAGCAACACGCGAUGAUAAUGGGAAGUGUGUCGGUGCGAAGUUGAUAACUGCACUACUGUCAGGCAUUGCUUAUGGGUUGACUAACAAUGGUAUCUUUGUUGGGUAUCCUGUUGUUGGAUUUAGCAACAGGAUGCAAGCAUCAGGAACAUGUUUAGAUAGUUUGAACGAUGGAUUGAUUACGGCAUGUCCAUGGGAUUCAAGAAUAAAAGGGGAGUUCUUUCAUCAAACUGCGUUUAGCAUUUCCCUGUCUGUAGUAAAAAACUUCGUGGAAGAUGUGCAGAAACUUGUUGAGUUGGAGCCAAAGUCAUUGUGUGGGUUAGAAACAGCGAAUGGAAUCCUUAUGCGCUAUGUUACAGUUUCCAGCGCUUACCUUGGAAAAUCAGAAGACGCUGUGGAUUUCGACAUCACCUACUAUCGCAGUAAAGAUCCAAUGGCUCCUAGGCUUUUCCAAGAUAUACUUGAAGAAAUAGAACAGAUUGGAUUGUUCAAAUACGGAGGAUUACCCCACUGGGGCAAAAAUAGAAACUUAGCGUUUCUUGGAAUAAUCAAAAAGUAUAAUAAUGCAGAGAAAUUUUUGAAGGUUAAAGAAGAGUAUGACCCAGAUGGGAUCUUCUCGAGCGAGUGGACAGAUCAAAUGCUUGGACUUAGAGAAGGAGUGACAGUAUUUAAGGAUGGGUGUGCAAUGGAAGGGAUGUGCAUUUGCUCAGAAGAUAGACACUGUGCACCAAAGAAGGAUUACUUAUGCAGACCAGGGAAAAUUUAUAAGGAAGCUAGGGUUUGCACUCGUGUUUCUAAGAAAACCAAAAAAGCAGAAGAUUUUAAGGACGAGUUAUAAAGCACUGUAGUUUUGCUUCAGCAGUUAUCAGUUCCCAUGAAACAAUCUUAUUACUUCCUCCAUCUCAAUAAAACUUAUGUCUGUCAUUUAAUUUGUUAGCAGUUAUUGUUUAUUCCGAUUACGCUAUAAUGUUAUCACAGUCCGCAGAUCAAUGAAUUGAUGACUCAAUC